AUGACUAAUAAUAUUUUUCGUAGGCAAAAAAAGAUUAACAUAAGACAACGUACAACCUGGAGUCGACAACGGCUUAUAACAAAAGAUGGAAAUAUUAAUUUUCGAAGAUUACAUAUUGCAAAUCGUAUUCGUUAUUUAAAAGAUAUUUUUACAUCAUUAUUAGAUUUACCAUGGAUAUAUAUAUUAUUUUUAUUUGUUUUUUGUUUUGUCAUAUCUUGGAUUUUAUUUGCUAUUAUUUGGUAUGUUAUUAUGAUUAUUCAUGGUGAUUUUUCAAAUAAAACAUUAAAUAUAACUGCUGAAAAUUAUAUUCCUUGUGUUGCUGGUGUUAAAUCAUUUAGUGGUGCACUUCUUUAUUCAAUAGAAACUCAACAAACAAUUGGUUAUGGAACUCGAGCAGUAACUGAAAAAUGUACAGCUGGAAUUAUUCUUGUAAUAAUUCAAAGUUGUUUUGGUCUUUUAAUUCAAGCUUUAUGGGUUGGUCUUGUUUAUACAAAAUUAUGUCGUCCACGAAAACGUCGUCGAACAUUAAUCUGGUCACAACAAGCUNAAAUGAAUUCAUCAAUUAAUCCAAUUAACAUAAGACAACGUACAACAUGGAGUCGGCAACGGCUUAUAACAAAAGAUGGAAAUAUUAAUUUUCGAAGGUUACAUAUUGAAAAUCGUAUUCGUUAUUUAAAAGAUAUUUUUACAUCAUUAUUAGAUUUACCAUGGAUAUGGAUAUUAUUUUUAUUCGUUUUUUGUUUUGUCAUAUCAUGGAUUUUAUUUGCUAUUAUUUGGUAUGUUAUAAUGAUUAUUCAUGGUGAUUUUUCAAAUAAAACAUUAAAUGGAACUGAUGAUAAUUAUAUUCCUUGUGUUGCUGGUGUAAAAUCAUUUAGUGGUGCACUUCUUUAUUCAAUAGAAACUCAACAAACAAUUGGUUAUGGAACUCGAGCAGUAACUGAGAAAUGUACAGCUGGAAUUAUUCUUGUAAUAAUUCAAAGUUGCUUUGGUCUUUUAAUUCAAGCUUUAUGGGUUGGUCUUGUUUAUACAAAAUUAUGUCGUCCACGAAAACGUCGUCGAACAUUAAUCUGGUCACAACAAGCUGUCAUUUCACUUCGUGAUGGACUUUUAACAUUACAAUGUCGAUUAGGUGAUAUGCGUUAUAGAUCAACAUUAGUUGAAGCUCAUAUAAGAAUGUAUUAUGUUUCAAAACGUCAAACAAAAGAAAAUGAAAUAAUUCCACUUCAAUUAACUGAUAUGGAUGUAGGUUUUGAUGCUGGAAAAGAUAGAUUAUUUCUUAAUUGGCCACUUAUUAUUGAACAUAAAAUUGAUAUGCGAAGUCCAUUAUAUACAAUGGAUAAAACGACAAUUUACACGGAAAAAUUUGAAAUUUUACUUGUUCUUGAAGGAAUUAUUGAAGCAACUGGAAUGGUUACACAAGCUAAAACUUCUUAUCUACCUGAAGAAAUAAUUUGGGGAGCAAGAUUUGAAAGAAUGAUUCAUUUUGAUAAUCUUUAUUAUACUGUUGAUUAUUCGAAAUUCAAUUCAAUUAUUAAAGAUAAUUCUACAACUGAUUGUUCGGCUAAACAACUCCAAGAACAAAUCAAUAAUAAUUAA